AUGCACAUUUUAUUUCCCGCUAUUGGAGUCGGCGUCUAUCUUGUAGCCGUCGACCAGCUUCUGGCCGUUGCAACAUAUGCCAAGAUUGGCAGUGAGCUCAAUGCCUUGAACAACACGAGCUGGAUCGCCACAGCCUUCCAGCCUCUCUACGGCAAGCUCAGCGACAUCUUUGGCCGCAAGGCAUGCCUCCUGUUUGCAUACGCCGUCUUCGGCAUCGGCUGUCUGGGAUGCGGCCUCGCUCAGAGCAUGACGCAGCUCUGCCUCGCCCGAGCGGUCGCCGGAAUCGGUGGCGGAGGCAUGAGCUCCGUCGUGUCGAUUCUCUUUUCUGAUAUUGUGCCGCUGCAGGAGCGCGGUGUCUGGCAGGGCUACAUCAACGUGGUGUAUGCUGCUGGGACGUCGACGGGAGGGCCCCUGGGAGGUCUUUUUGCUGAUUCUCUUGGAUGGCGAUGGUCAUUCAUGAUCCAAGCCCCCUUGUGCCUGAUCGCCUGGGUCUCGGUAUACUUCAUCCUCGACCUCGAGACCCCUUCCAAAGACCACUGGGUGGCCAAGGUCCGCCAGAUCGACUUCCUCGGCGCCCUGACCCUUAUCCUCGCCGUCAUCUGCCUCCUGAUGGGCCUCGACUCCGGCCCCAACCUCGGCUGGUCCAACCGCAUCACCAUCGUCUCCCUCAGCCUCACGCCCGUCCUCUUCGCCCUCUUCCUGCUCGUGGAAAUGCGCAUCGCCAAGCACCCCUUUGCCCCGGGGCACGUCAUCCUCAGCCGCGACCUGCUGCCCUGCUACAUCGCCAACAUGUGCGGCAUGGCCGGCGAGAUGGCCGUCAUGUUCUUCGUGCCGCUGUACUUUCAGGCCGUCGAGGGCCUCAGCGCCACGGCCACCGGCUCCAUGCUCGUGCCCUCGACCAUUGCCGGCAUGUCGGGGUCGCUCGCGGGCGGCUGGGUCAUCAAGCGGACGGGCAAGUUCUACUGGCCGACGGUCGCCAGCUUCGGCGUGCUGUUCUUGUCCAUGAUGCCCCUGGUCGUUUCGGUCUGGCGCCGCUCGCUCUUUGGGGUGAAUGCUGCGUUUGUCGUGUCGGCCGCUGGCAACGGCGGUGGCAUCACCACCAUCCUCAUCGCCCUCCUCGCCAACGCAGCCACCGAGGACUCGGCCGUCGCCAUUGCCUGCUCGUAUCUCUUCCGCUCCCUCGGCUCCAGCGUCGGCGUCGGCAUCAGCUCAGCGGUGCUCCAGCAGGUCCUCCGGGGGCAGCUGGCUUCGCGCAUCGGCAACGACGACGACGCCGGGCAGAUUGAGGAGAAAGUGCGGCAGAGCCUGGACGCGAUCAAGGAGCUGCCGCCGCUGGUGGCGGAACAGGUGCGCUCGAGCUACCGGGUUGCCAUCAUGGCGUCCCUUGCGCCGUCGCUUUGCUUUGGGCUCGUGUGCUUUCUUGCUACGUUUUGGGUCAAGGAGAAGUCUUUGAACAGGAGGUAG